GACAACAACAGGAGCCACCAGUCAAAACAAAGAGGGAAGCCAACAAAGAGAGAGAAACGCAGCUGAUCGUCAGGGGACAAGCUUUUUCAUUUCUUUCGGCUAACUGAGCACUUGUUCACUGCAAGGCUUUCAGUAGAAUUGUUUUUGGUUACAUUUUGCAGCAAUCCACAGGAGAUCUCAUCAUGAGAUACUGUGCUUUAGUUGCGUGUUUAGUUCUGGGGAUAGGCAUGCAGGAUGGAUGGAGCCUUCCCCUCAAGUCCGUCUUUGUCACUUUCCCAGGAGACAUCAUCAAAAACAUGACUGAUACGGAGCUGGCGGAAACUUAUCUGAAGAGGUUUGGCUACUUAGACACCGUGCACCGCAGCGGCUUCCAGUCUAUGGUGUCCACCACCAAGGCUGUGAUGAGAAUGCAGAGGCAGAUGGGGCUGGAGGAGACUGGACAGCUGGACAAGUCCACCCUGGAGGCCAUGAAACGGCCUCGCUGCGGGGUUCCUGAUGUGGCCAACUACCAAACCUUUGAGGGAGACCUCAAGUGGGACCAUAACGACGUCACUUACAGGAUCAUUAACUAUUCUCCAGACAUGGACAGCACUCUGAUUGAUGACGCCUUUGCCAGAGCCUUCAAGGUGUGGAGUGAUGUGACCCCCCUGAGUUUUACACGACUCUUUGAAGGAACAGCUGACAUCAUGAUCUCAUUUGGAAGAGCUGACCACGGAGACCCAUACCCAUUUGAUGGUAAGGAUGGCCUUCUGGCCCACGCUUAUCCCCCUGGUGAGGGUAUUCAGGGAGACGCCCACUUUGACGAUGAUGAGUACUGGACCCUGGGUACAGGACCAGCUGUGAAGACCAGCUAUGGGAAUGCGGACGGCGCCAUGUGUCACUUCCCCUUCACUUUCGAGGGUAAAUCCUACACCACCUGUACCACUGAGGGCCGUACAGACAACCUGCCAUGGUGCGCCACCACCGCUGACUACGGCAGAGACCAGAAAUACGGCUUCUGCCCAAGUGAACUUCUGUACACAUUUGGAGGAAACGCCAACGGAGCUAAGUGUGUUUUCCCCUUCGUCUUUCUGGGGAAGGAGUACAAAGGCUGUACGACAGAGGGCCGCAGUGAUGGUUACCGCUGGUGUGCCACCACAGAGAACUUUGACAACGACAAGGCAUAUGGAUUCUGUCCCAGUCGUGACACCGCUGUAAUCGGUGGAAAUUCAGAGGGAGAGCCCUGCCACUUCCCCUUUGUGUUCCUGGGUAAGGAGUACGACUCCUGCACCAGCGAGGGACGAGGAGAUGGCAAGUUGUGGUGCGGUACCACUGACAACUAUGAUGAGGACAAGAAAUGGGGUUUCUGUCCUGACAAGGGUUACAGUCUGUUUCUGGUGGCAGCCCAUGAGUUUGGACAUGCCCUUGGCCUGGAUCACUCCAACAUUAGAGACGCUCUCAUGUACCCCAUGUACAGCUAUGUGGAAGACUUCUCCCUGAACAAAGACGACGUUGAAGGCAUUCAGUAUCUCUAUGGACCCAAAACAGGCCCUGAUCCCACCCCACCCAAGCCCACCGCUGAGGAGACUGACCCCACAGAUGAUCCUAGACCCACCGAACCCUCCACCACUACCACCACACGGCCUGUGGAUCCGACCAAAGAUGCCUGCAAGUUGACCAAAUUCGACACCAUCACUGUGAUUGAGAAUGAACUACAUUUCUUCAAGGAUGGACAUUACUGGAAGAUGUCCAGCAGGAGUGACGGAAAACUCCAGGGACCAUUGUCUGUUUCUGAGAGAUGGCCAGCUCUGCCAGCAGUCAUUGACUCUGCUUUUGAGGACCUUCUGACUAAGAAACUGUACUUCUUCUCAGGGGCCCGCUUCUGGGUGUACACAGGGCAGAGUGUUCUGGGUCCCCGCAGCAUAGAGAAGCUUGGCCUCCCCAACACCAUUCAGAAGGUAGAGGGAGCACUGCAGAGGGGGAAAGGUAAAGUGCUGCUCUUCAGCGGGGAGAACUUCUGGAGGCUUGAUGUGAAGGCCCAGAAAAUCGACAAUGGUUACCCCAGAUAUACAGACGUCGUCUUUGGUGGCGUCCCCAAUGAUGCUCACGAUGUAUUCCAGUACAGAGGUCACAUCUACUUCUGCCGGGACCGCUUCUACUGGCGUAUGAACUCCCGCAGGCAGGUGGACCGUGUCGGCUAUGUGAAAUAUGACCUCCUCAUGUGCUCAAACUCUUAAAGGCUGAGAUGAAGGUGCAAGGAUGAGCUCGAAAUCGGGGUGUCAGGGAGAAUGUGAUGUGGCAUUUGUGUGUAGCACCUGUUGUAUAAUGCGCGUGCUUUCUGGGAUGUAAAUGAAUGGCCAUCAUUGCUGUUGGCAAAUCCCAAAACAUACAGCAUUGGCCUAAAAAUAAGUUUAACAGCCCAGUACAGGAAAGCAAAUUGUGAUCUUUGGUACUGACUUGCCCUCAGUCUGAUAAUCUGUGAACUGAUGUGAUAUCAUUCAUAAAAUUUGAGACAAUAACCAGAACUUAAAUAUUAUCAAAAGCUGUCUGGAUCAGAUUCCAGAUUUGCUGAACAAUUUCUUUAUGUCUGACAGGUUCAGACUCUUAACAGUAUUAGAUUAUUUUGGUAUUUAUAGCAGUAUCUUAUAUUAUUUUUGUGUCCUAAAGCUUAUUUGUUUUGUAUAAUUCUAUUUGUGUAUUUCUGGAAAUGGCUUCAAAGCCUAUUACUUGCACUGGAAGACAAUACAUGUCUCCUCUUAAGUUAUUUAUGAGACUGAUGUGUUUUGUGUUAAGGGUUGAACUUUAAAUGCAAUAAACAUUCCAUGAGAACUAUA